AUGUAUGAUAGUUAAAAUAGCACUUCAGCAAAACUUACAGAACAAAUAAAAUCUCAGCAAAGUUAUAAAAUAAGAGAGUUUGAAUGGUUUGAAGUUGAAACUAAAAUUAGAUUGUUUGUCUAAAAAUUAAUGGAACCAACAAUUAAAUAAUUACAUGAGGAUAGAAUGAUCGUUGAUGAAUUACAAUAAAACUUUAAAUCCAACAAUAAAGAAGUUUCUUAUUUAAGAGAAAUUGUCUUAAAUUAAGGAGCUGGAAUACCUAUCUUUGAUGAAUUCAAAUAAAAAUUUAUAGACUUAGAAAUGAAACUUGAUCAAUAAAAACGAGAAUCAAUAGAUUAAUUUAGCAAUUUUAAACAAAGUCUUGAUAGUACAGAUAAUUAAAUCUCAAAGUUUUUAUAAGCUGUUAGAACACUUGAAUAUUUUAAAAUAAAAUUAGAAUAAGAUCUCCAUGACAUUUAAAUAAAAAAUGAUAAUUUCAAAUCAAGUGUUGAAUAACUCAUUAAACAAUUAUCAUCAGAUUUAACAGAAAGUACUAAAAAUUGGAAACUCACUGCAAUAGAUAUUGAAUAAUAAUUUGGUAAGGUGGAUAAUAAACAUUCUGAUUUAAUUAAUGUAGUAAAAUAAGAAUAAGUCAAAUUGAAACAGAUUUCAGAUGCCAUUCUUGAAAUUAACAAAAAACAAAACUCAAAUAUUAAUGCUUUUGAAGUAAUAGAUACUAAAUUAGUUAAAGCAGAUUUAUAAAUUACAACUUUAAAAAAAUAAAUUUUAGAAGUUGAUCAACUAAUCAAUAACAAUAAAUAAGUAUAAAUGUUUCUUAUUUAUUAUUUACCUAUGUAUAUUUAAGCAUAGAUUAGUGAUUCUUUAUUCACUUGUUUGCCUUUGAAAUUCUUCUUCAAGUUUGCAUAAUUUGAAAAAUAGAAAUUUGAUUAACUAGAUAAAUAAUUAUUAGAAUAUAGUGGUGAUCCUAAUAUUUAAAUAUUAAUGGAUGAAUACACUAAAAUAUUGGCAGAAGUCACAAAAAGAAAUUCAAAAAUCACUUAAAUGAUGUUUUUAAAUUCAAAAAAAGAAUAGAAUGAUUCCUAAUCUUCAGAAUCUGAUAUGGAGAGUGAUAAUAAAAGUUAAAAAACUAAUGUCAGAAAUAGUAUUUAAAUUAGAUAGGAUUCAACAAAUAACCAUAGAAAAGAAAGCAUCUAUUCCAAAGAUGUAAUUCAAUAGCCAAAUUUUGUAUCAUAAUAGAAAAAAAACUCUCUCUAAUCUAAUAAUUCUAAUUUAAACUUUUAUGAAGAUUAGAUUAAACAAAUUAAAGACAAUUUUUAAUAACAAAUUGAUGAAGUUAAAUAAUUGAAUAUUAAUCUUAAAAAUUAAAUUAUCUAAAUCUAAAAGGAAACUAAUGAUUAAAUAUUUCUUAAUAUAUCAUCAUGCUAAAGUAAUAAUCAAAAAUUAAUAAAUACAACCACUAAUUAAGUUAAAAAUCUGGAAGAAAAUAUUAAGAAAAUAUUAAACCAAGAAAAUUCAAAUUAAAAUGAAGUCACGAUUGAUUAAAUCAAAGAAUUCAAAAAAACCUUCUAAACAAUAUUACAUUUCUUAGUUCUAAUUACACAUUUAUUAAUUUAAGAUGAAAUUGAUAGAUAAGGAAUCUAACUUAUGGGGGCAAAAGAUACUUAAAUUGAUAAUGGAUUAGUAUAUACUGGUUAAAGUAAAAAAGGACCAUCAAUCUAAAUAAAUGGUGAAUGUCUAUCUUGUUCAGGUCAAUCAAUAUAAUUAUUAUAAUGUUUCAAAUUAGCUUGUUUGGCAUAUCAUCCAUCUGAUAUAGUAGUUGAUGGUAAAUCUUUUAAAAGGGAUUAACUAUUAGAAAUGUGUACCACUUUAUUAAGAUAAGCUAAAUAAGAUUUUUUUGAUUAAGAUCAAAAUGUCUUAUAGCCACCAUCAUAACCUACAGCAUCUAGACAACGAAGUUCUUCCAUUCCUAUCUCUUCUGGUAGGCUUAAUUCUAAUUUUAAAUUUAAUAAAACAAGAAAAUUAGCCCCAAUGACAAACAUAUAAAAUUUGUGA